AUGUCGCCGUCGUCGACCACCACCAACACCCCCGCCAUGCGUCAAUCGUGCGACCGGUGCCACCGGCAGAAGCUGCGAUGCACCCGCGGCGGGACCAGCAACACCGGAGCUUGUGACCGUUGUCUUCGCCGGCGUACGCAAUGCGUGUACAGCUCCAGCCUGCCCAAAGGGCGCCCCAGCAUUUACCACUCACCCAACAACGCCAAUACCAGCAAUAAUGCUAAUAACAACAAUACCACUACCACCACCGCCAAUAAUGAGUCUUCCUCGAGCGCCCAGCCUGCUGUGGUUUCCCCGCCUCCUGCUACACCGGUCACGCCUGCUUCAUUAUCAGGCAGUUCCGUACCACAUCAUGCUGGCCCCUCAGACGACAUUCCCCCAUCCAGCCCAGAUGUUCCUGGUUCUGCGGCCGCGGUGGGCUGCGGGCCGUCCGCCGGGACGCCUGCCGCGGAGAUUUCAAAUCCCUAUGGAAACAUCAUGCAUGAAAUCAAAGCCGACCCCGGGACCGCCGUCACAUCUGGUGUCAGCUGCGACGCGAUGAUGGGCACAUCCAUAGAAGACUUUUCGUCCGACAGCUGGCGGUGGCCGGCUCCGUCUCUUGCGGGAGACGACUCGAUGUUCAUGGACUGGAGCAGCCAUGAUGCAAGCAUUUCGACUUUCUCCUGGGAGGAAGCUCUUGAUCCGGUCACUACUACCACUUUUGCGCCCCCGGCUGUGGCGCCCCUGAAUACGUUUGUGAACGACCGACACAUCGAGCCAGGGCCUGAGAGCCUUUUCCGUCCACAUCAUCAUUACCACGGGAGUGUCGGCGGAAAUGGCGCUACAAGCGGGUAUGGUUCAUCCCACGCGUGGCCCAUUGUGGCCGACAACAACGAUCCGGAUGCGGUGAUUGCUCAGCUUUCGGAACUGAGCAUGCGCCUCGCCUCGCUUCGCCGGUCCGGCCAGGCUCUUUCUCAGCCCAGUCUUGGGCUGGGCAAUGAGAUUUCAACGGAGUCAUCUGAGAAGCAGUCCUCUCGUGGACCGGCUUGGCACGGCCGCGAGCUCUUGGACGACGCGGCGUUUGAGUCUGUCGCAUCUUGGCUGGUCGGCGGCGGCAGCGGUCACGGAAGUUCGGGGACAUACGCGCCGCCAGUUCGGUCGAUGCGGUCAGCGUCGGAGCCUGCAUCCCGAGGUCGAGGAGGCGAGAUUCUCCAUGACAUCUUUUCCACCUCACAUCGGUUGCUCGAGAUUCUGCACGGUUUGCAGCUUUCCGUGACCGCCUCGGCGCCUCUUCCCACAACCGCGAGAGCAUCCACACCACCGUCACCACCGCCGCUCUCGCCGUCUUCUCCUUCUUCAUCCUCCUCCUCUUCCUUUGGGUCUCGGAACCGGUCCGGCACCGGCAUCAUCCGUCACCUGAUCAUCGCGUGUUACACCUCGCUCUUGAGCACCUACUCAGCCGUGUUAAUGGCGCUGGCACGCGAUGUACUAGGGCAUGACCAACCCCGCCAGCCGUCCAACAUGAGAUCCCCAACAGGAGAGGGGGCGCGGCCAGGAUCUGGGAUGCCGCUGGGCCAGAUCCGGCUGGUGUCGGUGGUGCAGCUGUGCUCGUAUCUGGUACGGCGGCAGCAUCAGGCUGUGGAUGCAUACUUGGCGAAUUCGGCUAAGGAGUCUGGUGGCAAAGUACCGUCGCCGUCGAUCGCAUUGCGGAGCAGCACAGGGCCACCGAGCCCGCCGGAUUUGGCUGGUGGUGAUGCGGCUGCGGAGGAGAAGUGGACGUCAUCGUGUGGCAAGUCGGGGCAUCACUCUCAUCCCUCUCUUCCUGCGCUGGUGCCGUCGAUUUGUGCGUGUAGUGAUGUGGAUGAAUUGAAGCGGGAGAUGGCUGAAGUAGAGCAGCGGUUAGCGCAGCUGCAGAGUGCGCUCCAUAUUUGA